AUGGAGGUGACGUUUGAUGACCCAGAGGAGUAUUUGACUUCUGUAAGUGGUCAAUAUGGCAUAAAGAAAUUGAAUUCGAUUACAUUCGGCACCAACAAGAGUAGGUACGGACCCUUUGGAAGUACUCUUAAGAGUUCGGAUCCGCAGUUUGUAUAUAAGUUCAUACCCGCGUAUUCGUUUGGGGGAUUUCAUGGUAGUGUUUACAAGUCGUGUCUGUGUUCCAUUGGGGUCUAUGUUAGGCCCCUUGGAUUCAUUGCUGAACCUGAAAUUGAAAUAGAUAUUGGAAGUGAUAAAGGUGAAGAUGAUGAAAGUACUUCUUCAAGAUCGAUGGACUAA